GUCGCGACGCGGCGGGUCAUCGACAGCGACAACUCGUGCCUGUUCAACGCCGUGGGGUACGUCAUGAACCGUUCGCUGCGCGACGCGCCGGCGCUGAGGAAGGUCAUCGCGGACGUCGUGUCUGGUGACGCAUUCACGUACAACGACGGGUUCUUAGGGAAACCCAACGCGGAGUACUGCCGCUGGAUCCUCGAAUCGAACCACUGGGGCGGCGCGGUCGAGCUCUCCAUACUCGCGAAACACUUCAAGCGCGAGAUCGCGGCGUAUGAUAUACAAACCAAGAGGUGCGACGUGUACGGCCAGGGCGAGGGAUAUCCCGAACGCGUCAUGCUACUGUACGAUGGUCUCCACUACGAUGCGAUGGUUUUGACGUACGAGGGCGCGCCGCACGACAUGGACAUCACGAUGUUCCCGUCGCGAGGUCCCGCCGCGGACGCGGCGGGGCGCAAAGCCUCGAAGGUCGUGAACGAAGCGCACGCGGCGAGGCAGUUUACGGACACCGCGAAUUUCACGCUUCGGUGUUUAGUCUGUCAGAAAGGCCUGAAAGGCGAGAAGGAAGCGCUGGAGCACGCGAAAGCGUCGGGACAUUCUAACUUUUCGGAAUAUUAA